AUGGAAAGGAGGAGCCCGGGGCCAGAGGUUCGCAAGUGGAAGCUACUCCGGCAGAGCAGCGGGAACCCUGACUCCCUCGCUGGGUUAAUGAUAACGGGGAUUUUACAGUCCCGUCACAGCCUGAUUGGUUUCCAAGUUGUCAGACCAGGGCUGCUAAUAACUGGAAGCCAGGGCAAAGGAGGACAUGCUCCUCUGCCCCAGCCACUGCGGGGCUUGCCCUUCUCGGAGAACCUGCCUGCCUGCAGUCCAGGAACUGCUUCCAAGAUGCUGAGCGCCUUCUUGGUUCCCCUGUUGCUGAGCAGGGUGGGGUCAAGCCUGACUGCUGCUCCUACACAUACCCACAGUGCCGGAUUCUGUGCCUUCUACGACACAUGUGGCAGGAACCCCGAAAUUACUGGCAUCUUCCCUCACAUUGUGCCUUGUGUCUCCAACACAAGAGCCCAGCUGCUUUCUGGCAGACACCUCGAUCUCCUGAAGUCGACCUGCCCAAUGCUAUACACAGGGAAUGAUACCACCUUUGCCUGUUGCUCCGAGAAACAGCUGGAGUCGAUGAAAUUCAGCCUUGCCAUGACCCAAGGGAUUCUGUCUCGAUGCCCGUCGUGUGUGGAGAACUUUAUCAACAUCCACUGCCAGAGCACCUGCAGCCCAAAUCAAAGCCAUUUCAUCAACGUCACUCGUGUCUUCAACACCACCAUCAACGGUGUACAAAAGCAGGGUGUCUUGGAGUACCAGUGCUACUACAAUCAGGGUUUCGCUGACCGGACCUUCCACUCUUGCAAGGGUGUCCGUGUGCCAGCCACUGGUGGCUACGCGAUAGGUGCCAUGUGUGGCAAUUAUGGGGCCACUUUGUGCAACACUCAGCGGUGGCUGGAUUUCCAGGGGGACUCGAGCAACGGGUUGGCUCCUUUAGACAUCGUCUUCAAGCUGAUGCCAAAUCACUCCAUCGUCGGGGAUGGCAUUGUGCCAUUCGACCAGACCACUUGGAAGUGCAGCGAACCUGUGAGAGGGACCGGCGAGAGAUGCUCCUGCCCAGACUGCCCUGAUUCUUGCCCUCACAUCCCACCGCCUACUCCGGCACUUCCACCCUUUAAAGUGGGGGAAAUAAACGGGGUCUUGUUUUUGUGCUUGCUUCUCUUCUGCCUUCUCACAGUGCUUUUUAUGUCCUUCCUGGUGUGGCGACGUUGCUUCUCAGCUAAGAAACCCAAAGCUCAGAGCCUCGUGAUGGUAAGGACCAGGUUGACCUGUUCAGAGAAGCUCAGCCAGGUGAUCCACAACUUCCUGACCAGAACUUUCAGUAGUUGGGGCAGGCUGAUGGCCUCUUACCCUGUCACAGUUAUUGUCAUUUCAACGGCGGCGGUGGUGGCACUCUCCAGUGGAAUAGUCUUUAUCCAACUUACUACAGAUCCUGUAGAGUUGUGGUCCUCCCCUGACAGCCGGGCCCGGCAGGAGAAGGACUUCUAUGAUCAGAACUUUGGGCCUUUCUUCAGGACCAACCAGGUAAUCCUGACAGCCAAGGGCCGUCCCAGCUACACCUAUGAUUCUCUCAUCCUGGGCAAGACGGACUUUAAUGGGAUUUUGUCCAUGGAUGUGCUGGAGGAUCUGCUGACACUGCAGUCAGAGCUGCAAAACAUUACGGUCUGGUACGAAAAGCAGGGCAGGAAUAUUUCUCUCCAAGAUGUCUGCUAUGCACCCCUGAACCCCGACAACCCCAGCCUCUCUGACUGCUGUGUCAACAGCCUGUUGCAGUAUUUCCAGAACAACCUCACUCGCCUCCACAUGACAGCUAACCAGACAAUGAAAAUAGGAGAGACAGGUACUGUGGACUGGAGAGAUCACUUCCUCUACUGUACAAACUCACCACUCUCCUUCCAAGACAUCACAGAACUGAAGCUGAGCUGUAUGGCAGACUAUGGAGCUCCUGUGUUUCCAUUCCUGGCAGUAGGGGGUUACCCAGGAGAGGAAUACCCUGAGGCUCAGGCACUCAUCCUUACCAUUUCCAUGAACAACUACAACAGCAGCGACCCCCGUUUCGACAUGGUGAUGUUGUGGGAGAAACGAUUCCUGGAGAUUGUACAGGAAUUCCAGCAGAAAAACGCUGACAACUAUACUGUUGCCUACAUGGCUGAGCGCUCCCUGGAGGAUGAAAUUAACCGCACCACCUGGGAAGACCUUCCUAUCUUUGCUAUCAGUUACUUGGUGAUCUUUGUGUACAUCACACUGGCCUUGGGCGAGUACUCCAGCUGCAGACGUCUCCUGGUAGACUCCAAGAUGACACUAGGCCUCGGCGGGAUCCUGGUGGUGCUGGGGGCCGUGAUGUCCUCUUUGGGGUUUUACUCUUACAUAGGAUUGCCCUCCUCCCUCAUCAUUGUUGAGGUUGUUCCCUUUCUGGUCCUGGCCGUUGGUGCUGAUAACAUCUUCAUCUUUGUGUUGGAGUACCAGCAAUCGGAGCAGCAGCCAGGAGAGAGCAGGGAGCAGCACAUUGGACGAGUGUUGGGGAAUGUGGGUCCCAGCAUGUUCCUCUGCAGUCUUUCUGAAGCCAUCUGCUUCUUCUUGGGUGCUUUAUCAGACAUGCCGGCAAUUAGGACUUUUGCCCUCAACUCCGCCGUGGCUGUCCUCUUUGACUUCUUGCUUCAGAUGACCACCUUUGUGGCCCUGGUGUCUCUGGAUGCCCGCAGGCAGAAGGCCUCACGUUUUGACCUGUGUUGCUGCGUUCGCCUGGAGAAAGGGCAGGUGGAAAAGCACAAGAGCAUCCUUCGCUCAUUCACAGAGUGGUUCUAUGUCCCUGUCUUGUUCAACAGUGUUGUCCGGAUGCUGGUGAUGGUGCUCUUCAUCUUCAUGUUCUGUGCGGGGAUCUUCCUAAUGGUCCAUGUCCAGGUGGGGCUUGAUCAGGAGCUGUCUGUGCCAGAGGAUUCCUACAUGUUGCAGUACUUUCAGUACCUGAACCAGUAUUUUAUGGUUGGUCCCCCAACCUAUUUUGUCACUACUGGGGGCUACAACUUCUCCUCGUACGAUGGAAUGAAUGGUGUCUGUUCCAGCACAGGAUGUGACAAUAACUCCAUGACCCAGAAGAUCCAGUAUGCCACACAGUUCCCCAACGAGUCCUUCCUAGCCAUUCCAGCCUCUUCGUGGGUGGAUGACUUCAUAGACUGGCUGAAUCCCUUGUCCAGCUGUUGCAGCAUACAUACAUCUGGAGAGCUGGAGGGCCAGUUCUGCUCCUCUACAGUCUCAUCCUGCUCUAAGUGCAUGAAGCUGACAAACGACCCUCUCCGGCCUGAUGUGGAACAAUUCAACAAAUUCCUGCCAUGGUUUCUCAAUGACACCCCUAACCUCAAUUGUCCCAAAGGGGGCCGCGGUGCCUAUGACACAUCUGUACGGCUGGGACCAGAUGGAGAAAUCCUGGCUUCCCGGUUCAUGGCCUAUCACACACCCAUCAAAAACUCUCAAGAGAACACGGCGGCACUGAAGGCUGCACGGGAGUUGUCAGACAACAUCACAGCCAGCAUGCGGAAAGUACCAGGCACGGAUCCCAAUUUCCGAGUCUUCCCAUACACGAUCACCUAUGUGUAUUUUGAGCAGUACUUGACCGUCGCCUUGGCAGGCUUCGUCAACUUGGCCCUCUGCCUGUUGCCCACCUUUGCAGUGUGCUGUGUCCUGUUGGGCAUGGACUUGCAUUCAGGCUUCAUCAACUUGCUCACCAUCAUCAUGAUUGUGGUGGACACUGUGGGAGCCAUGACGUUAUGGGGGAUCCCAUACAAUGCCAUCUCUCUCAUCAAUCUGGUAACGGCCGUGGGCAUUUCAGUGGAGUUUGUAUCCCAUAUCACCCGCUCUUUUGCCAUCAGCACCAGGCCCACCAAACUGGAAAGGGCCAAAGAGGCUACCAUUAACAUGGGCAGUGCGGUUUUUGCUGGCGUAGCAAUGACCAACCUGCCGGGCAUUGUGGUCCUGGCCUUUGCCAAGGCGCAGCUGAUCCAGCUUUUCUUCUUCCGCCUCAACCUCAUCAUCACCAUACUGGGCAUGUUGCAUGGCCUCAUCUUCCUGCCUGUCAUCCUCAGCUAUUUUGGGCCCAGUGUCAGACAAGCUUCGGUACAUACACAAAAGAAGACAGAGGACAGCCUGGCCAUGAACAACCCUGCUUUUGAAGGAAAACAGAGCCCAAAUGAAAAAGUCUGUCCCAGAUAUGGACAGCCUCUGGGGAAAGGCUCAGAUUCCAAGGAAAACCAUGAAGACGAAAAGGGCCCAAACACCAAAAAUGGAAGCGUUUGGACUGCCACCACGUUACCGCAUCCCCACCAACACGUGAACCCAUGUUCAGAUUAA